AGCCGCGUAGAAGUUAGAACACCAAUGGCAAAUACCGUCAACUUCCAAGCGUCGUCCAUGCGUUAGUUCAAAGCCGAACCCAAAGCAUUUUUUAACUCUUUAAUUUCCUCCGAAGGGGCCUACAGCGUUAACUGCGAGACAAUAAGGACAGUGCCUUCCACUCUCUGCUCCAGCAACAGCCAGUCAGAAGUCAGCCAUGGCUACGAUGGCAAAACCGGGCGCGAUUGGUCUCCUCCAUUCCCACCUCAAGGAAUUCCCGCUCAUGGGCUUUUCCUCCUCGCUCGUGCGCCCCAAGUUCGGAGACUCCCGCCUUCCUUCUCAGCUCAAUGCGACUCUGAAACUCUCGAGGAAUGCCUCAAUUAUGCCCAUAAUCAGAGCCCAGAGCUCUCCUGAUUAUGUCCCGGACUCGAAGUUUUACAAAGUGGAAGCUAUUGUGAGGUCCUGGCGAGUCCCGUUGGUCUCUUCGGCUCUGCUGAAAAUGGGCAUUCGCGGUGUUACAGUAUCUGAUGUUCGGGGCUUUGGUGCUCAAGGUGGUUCACCAGAAAGGCAGGGUGGGUCUGAAUUUUCUGAAGACAAGUUUGUUGCUAAAGUUAAAAUGGAAAUUGUAGUGAGCAAAGAUCAGGUUGAGGCAGUAAUAGAAAAGAUAAUUAAGGAGGCAAGGACUGGUGAGAUUGGUGAUGGCAAAAUUUUUGUGGUGCCUGUGUCAGACGUGAUAAGAAUUCGCACCGGGGAGCGUGGGGAGAAGGCAGAGAGGAUGACAGGAGGGCGAGCUGACAUGUCUGCUACUGCAUGACCUGUUGAAGGGUUGAAUUGAGCAGUCGAGAUUAGCAUCUAAAGCAUUUUCCUUUUCUUUUCUGCAACCUGCUCUAGACAUCCCCGGCUCAGUUCCCUGCUCCUCCUCUUAGAAGCUCAUGCUACUUAGUUUUCCCAGAGUUCUCUUGCGAAGAAUGGAAAUAAAAGGAAAGACCAGUCUUGUUGCUUCUCUCUCUAGGAGCGUUAGCAUUGGAUUAUGCAAAUGCAAAAUUUGUAUAAUAUGACAUUAUUUU